CUGUUUUCUUCUUACUUUCUGGUUCAAAUCUGUCGUCGUGAUGGUGAGGCGGAAGCCGAGCAUGGGCCGGCAGAAGAUCGAGAUCAAGCGGAUCCAGAAUGAGGAGGCCCGGCAAGUGUGCUUUUCCAAGCGCCGGAGCGGCCUCUUCAAGAAGGCCAGCGAGCUCUCCAUCCUCUGCGGGGCAGAGAUCAGCGUCGUCGUCUUCUCGCCCGCCGGCAAGGUUUUCUCCUUCGGCCACCCCUCCGUCGACUGUGUCGUCGACCGCUUCCUCGCCGGGAAUUCUCGCCGGUCGCACCCGGUAAGCGGCGGCGGCGAGUCGCACCGCGAGGCCGCCGUGCGCGAGCUCAACCGCCAGUGCAUGGAGCUGCACGAUCUGGUGGAGGCGGAGAAGAAGAAGCGGGACGCGCUCGAGAAGGAGAUGAAGAAGGAGAAAGAGGGGGAGGCGAGGCGCUGGUUUUGGGACGACGAAGAAGACGUGGAGAGCGCCGGCAUGUCGGAACUGCAGGAGCUGGAACGGAGGCUGGUGGAGUUGAGAAGCGAUGUGGCGAGGAGGGCGGACCAGCUGCUGCAGGAGACCUUCGUACGCAAGCCGCAAUUCCCAGCUGUGGCGGCGGGCGGAAGUGGCGCCGGAGCGGCGUCGGGGCUGUUUUCGGUGAAGAAUGAAGGGGUGGACGUGCACUAUCCGAGUCUCGCCGCCGGCGGGUUCGGCGGCUUUGGGCAUGGCUUCUUUAGCUCCAUGAUAUAAUUACACAUUUAGACUGUGUUCGUUCGUAGUCAAUAUCGUUCGCAAAAUUAACUAUAUAUAUAUCGAUCGAACACGUAUGGAUUAGCAUCGAGUACUGAA